CAGGGCAAGGAGUAAGCUGUGCAUGAGAAAUAGGUUUGAGAUACAUAAAGCAGUCAGUCAAGGCAGUACCUUGGUCAGACCAGUGGGGAAAAAGGUUCCUAGGCCUGGCCAAAAAGGGGAAAAGACAUGCAAGAAAGAGACAGGAUAAAUAAAGGGUCCAGCAGGAAGAUAACCAGACAUGAGGAAAUUUUAGCUAAGAUGUUAAGAAAAGGAAAUAUACAGCAGAGAAAAUGGGCUAAACAGAGUUUGGAAAGAAGAAAUAAGGAAUUGGUAGGGGCUGUGUUAGUGUUCUGAAAAGGACAUUGUGCUGGCUUAGUGGCCAGAUUGGGACAGGGCUGUUGUAUUGGGGGUUUUAUAAGUUUUUUGAAAGAGUGGACGAGGGGUUUCCAUGACUGGCUCAAGGGAAAGCCAUCCUCCCUGUUCAUAUUGUUGGGGUGUAGCUCAAUCUCAGUGCCUUCACUCAAAAAGUGGUCCAUGUAUCUGGACUUUGCGGAGAGGAUGGUGGUUUUCUGAAGUUGAGAACGGUGGCCCAGGUUAAUGCUGUGUUCGGCCACGGCCGUUCUUUUUCUGGAUGCUUCAGACAGAUGGAGCAAUGUAUAUAUGUUAUCUGUGGCAACAGUACUCCUUGACACUGAUCAAACUUAACCACACCAGGUCGUCAUGCUGUCUUUAGGAAUAGUGUAAUAUUGUGACAAACAUGUUACGAAAUGUUGAAAUUAAGGCUAAGGUUAGAGAUUUAGGUGACACUGUGAGUAAAGCUAAGAAAUUAAGCAACUCUGAAGGAACGUGGAUUAAACAAGAUGAUAUUUUCUUCAGGAUACCUCAGGGACGCGGACGGUUGAAACUUCGGACGUUCGAGGAUAGAAGUGCAGAGCUUAUAUUUUAUGACCGGCCUGAUAGUGAUGGCCCCAAGUUGAGUAAAUAUGACAAAUGCAGUGUUCCAAAUGGUUCUCAGAUGUCAUCAGUACUCAGCUUUGCACUAGGCGUCGAGGGCAGUGUAAAAAAGAAACGACAGCUAUUCAUGGUUGGACAGACAAGAGUGCAUAUUGAUUAUGUUGAAAAGUUGGGAAAUUUUAUGGAACUUGAAGUAGUUCUCUCUGAAGAUCAGACGUUAGACGAAGGGAAAUUAAUAGCUCAGUCACUGAUGGCUGAUUUGGGCGUGAGGAAGGAAGAUUUGGUGUCAGGAACAUACAUGGAUCUUCUUUUAAAAUAAAGGUUAGGAUAAAGUACUCUUUAUAAAAAAUAUAUGAAUAAGUAGUGUUAUUGUUUGUGUAUAAUGUGGCAAAUUGGAAGUGUGAAGUUUUUUGAAAUCUCGAGUGAGGAAAAAAAUUGCAAUUUCUACCAUGAAGGCGAUGGAAAGUUAAGUAUUAAGCAUGUUUGAACAAUUCCAGUUCCACACUAUUCAGAUACUUUUUGUGUGUGUGUUUGCUGUGACUGUUGUCAUUGAUUAUCUGUUCCUAAAAUAAAAUAAACAAUAUUCUAAUGCUGGUAGAGACUUUAAAACAGGCUGCUGGGGUUAACAGUUGAGAAGCCAUGCUAGUGCAUUGCACACCCAGCUGUACUGCAUGUAAGCUGUAGUUUAUGGAUAAUAAUGCUUGAAUGAUUCACAAACCAAACUUUGCUACCUUUCUAAAAAUGCAGUAAAGUAAAUAAAUGAGGUUUAGACCCUAAAUAACAUUAGCAUAGCUGGCAUAAUAUUGCAGUAAUUACUAGAAGUAAUAGGUUAUGAUCAGUUGAUUAAUUCAGUUAUAGCAGAAUGUUUGAAAUAUAAAACAGGAUCAGAAAAGAAGUCUUAAUGUGAGAUUUGAGGUUUUUACAGUAGUGGAUGUGUCGGUUAUGAUCUUCUGGAUUGUGAUGCCCUUAUAGUCCUGUAGGUGGUUACCAAUAUUUUGGAAGAAAAAUCACCUCGAUCUUCAGGGUUGAAGACAAUAUGUAAUCUUCUUAGUUAGCAACAUUCCUUCAAAAUGUCAACCAUCUACAAGACUACGUGACAUGACUUGUAGGCCUUUAAGACUGGAUCGACGAAUCUGAUUUUUCAUGUUUGUGGAAAAGAUGGAUUGAUGGGUGAACCUGAUACACAGUAUGUUUAUUUUACUGAAGAUGCAUAAUGUUUUGUUUGUGAUAUAAAAUAAAUGUGGGAAAAUGGAAACAUG